GGGUAUUUGAUUUUUUCACUGAUUUGUUCCAUGUUUGACAUAUUUAGUGUUUAGUGAUUAAUGACAUAACCUUACAUUAUUUAAAAAUGACUGAAAUAAAUAAUAAAAAUUUCGAAGAAAACUUCCCAGAAAUAAAAAAGGCUCUAGAUCAAGCAAAGUUUGUGAGUGUGGAUUUAGAAUUCAGUGCGCUUUAUCCAUUAAAAGAAUAUAGUCCAAGUUUAUUUGAUACACCGAAAGAAAGAUAUCAAAAAAUAAGGAAAAAUGUGCAGCUGGUAGUCCCUAUACAAGUUGGUUUAACAGCUUUUUCGUUUAAUCCUGAUACAAAUAGUUAUCUAGGUACCAUUUAUAAUUUUUAUAUUAUUCCAGCUUCAUUUCCUUUUAUAAGAAAGAAUUGCUUAUUUCAGUCCGACACUCUGAGUUUUUUGAAAUUUUUUGAAUUUGAUUUUAAUAAGUUCGUUUAUUCAGGAAUUCCAUAUAUCAAUAAAGAUGAAGAACAAGAAUUAAGACAAAGAUUUAAAAACAAUGACAUUACAGAUGUACAAAGUCUAUUUAGGCAAGAGUUGCAAAAUAUUUUUCACGAUCAAGGAGAAAAAAUUCGAAAUUGGUAUGCGACUGCAAAUAUUGGAGAAACAUUAGCAAUACCAGAAUUUUACCAAGUGUCGAAAGAUAGUGAUGAAUUUGUUUAUUUUAUUCAUAAAACAAUAAGAGAUCGGUUUAAGAAUGUCUGGACUAGUGUCAAAAAUAACGAAUUCGUUUUAAAAAAAGUUACUAGUGAAGAAUUUAAAAAGUUACAUCAACUUUAUAAUUUAGAAGAAGAAUGUAUUAAAAACCUAUUAGGAUUCAGCAGAGUUUUUAGAUAUUUGGUGUCAUUGCAAAAACCUCUGAUAGGGCAUAACUUAAUGCAAGAUCUUUUGUUAAUGAUAGAAUGUUUUGAAAAAUCGCUACCUCCAUCAUACGAAAGUUUUAAAAAAACCGUCAAUACACUGUUUCCAAAAAUAUUCGAUACAAAAUCUAUUUUAUACAAUAUUAAAAAAAAUGUUCCUGAAGAUAAAAAAAUUGAUGAUAAAAGUCUUAAAGAUACAUUCGAGUACUUCAAGGACGGCAUUGGAAGACAUUUGGCUCUCAAUUCUCCUGCUAUAGAAAAUAACUGUAAUGGUACUUAUAAUAAGUAUCACGAAGCUGGAUGGGAUUCGUUUUGUGCCGGAUAUAUUUUUAUCAGAAUGGCGUAUUUUAAUCUCUAUCAACAAUAUCCGAAAUCAAAAAGGUACAUGAGUGGCGAACUUAUAGCCGGACUUGAAUUCUGUCAAAAUAAAGUCAACGUUAUUCGAGGAGCUGUGUCUUCCAUUCAAUUAGAUGGGGAAGAUCCAGCUUCGACCAGACCUCCGUAUUUAGUUGUAGAGUCUUUAAAAAAUGCUCCAAUAAACAUUCAUCAGGUAUCAUCAGUAUUAAGUUCUUUUGGGUUUGUAGAAAUUCGGAAAUUUCCAUAUCAAAAUAAGAGGGCGUUAAUCGCUGUAGAUAAUUUUGGAAGUGCUAGACGAAUUUUACAAAAUUUUAAAUCAAGCAAGGAAUAUCAAGUCAGACAAUACAGUGCCUUGAAACACUCACCUGUAAUUAGAGCUUGUUUACUAAGUGGAGUGACGAUAUCAGGCGUAAUUUUAUUAUGGAUUACUCAUUCAGCUUUAAAGAAAUAGUUUUUAUAUUAUACAUUUUUAAUAUUUUAUUAUGAAAUUAAAUUCUUUCUGAUUUG